GGAGAUGGUGUGCGAGGCAAGAAUCUUCAAUGGUUGUUAGUUGAUGCAGAGAGAGAAAAAAAUAAUCACGAUGGGGCUCGCGAUCGAUGAUCAGCAUGUGAUUGCGGAUUUUCUACCAAUGAUUUCUCAGUUUCAUUGCGAAAAUGCACGCUGGCAGGUGCACACAGAGUCUCCUAUUUUUUGGGUGAUCGAGAGGCAAGAACUCUUAAGAUCACCUAUGUUUAGUUCUGUGCUGUGUUUAAUAGGUUCAUUCACUUUUCUUGCGGCAACCCAAGUAAGUGUGAGUGAUCGUGAAUGUGAUCGUAGGUUCUUGAAGCUGUUCGCCACAAGUUCAAGCUCAAGUGUGUGUAGUUGUCGCUGAGUUUGAGGCCGUGGAGCGUCGUCGCCAUGCGCUUAAGAUCAUUCUACCUGGCUGCAGUAUACUUUAUAUCUUUAGCAAUUCAAAGAUACGCCGAAUCAACCGAACUACCCGCCAGUAUUGAGAACGACGAAUCGCUUGAGGUGGUCAAUCAUAAAACGCACAAUGUUGUGGACACAAGUCUAUUAAUCGAUGUGACUUGUCAUAAAAUGGAACGACUCUGCAGAAAUACCACGAAGUUUGCAAAUCGCCAAUCGAGAGAUGGAGAAUAUUCACUACGCUUUAUGGAUGAGAUAGCUGGAGAAAUUGAUAUAAUCGAAGAUAAGAAAGACACCAUCUUCUCGCGCGAUCGCUUGAAGAAGAUCUUCAUUCCUAUGCUGUUGAUUCUGAAAUUGUUUAAACUGAAAUUACUGCUGCUUCUGCCAUUUAUCUUUGGCCUGGCCAGUUUCAAGAAGAUCCUGGGAUUCCUCAUUAUCAUUGUACCAGCCAUUUUGGGGUUCCUGAAGCUACAGAGUCUGCAGCAGAUGAGCCAUAUGGAUUACCAGUCUGGUGGACUACAUAUGCAGUACUCCCCACAGGGGGUUGGUGGACUCAGCUACUACCCUCAUCAUCAUCCGAAUUUCCACAGAAAGAGCGACAAUUUCCGACCAGAUGACUACCAACCACGAAGACCCUAUCGACCGGAUUUCAAUUCAUCUUCAUCAGACUUUCGCUACCCGGACUCCUAUUUGGCCGUUGUGGGCAAUCGAGUCCCAAGUGCCAGAUCGAGAUUGACACACUGAUCUUCCAAGGUCAAUUGAUCAUUUACAAGAGACAUUUUUUUAUCAUAUCACUCAUAUUUAUUUGCUCUUUUCUGUCUCUUGUAACAUAAAUAGUUAUACAUAUACUACGGGUAUAUAUACAUUUAAGGGAGAAAUAUUUGCUUAGUCCUUAGGUAUAAAUCCUAAGACAAUGCUUAAUAUCGUUAUCAAUUGAAUUGAAUCAAUUGAGGAAUUAAUAAUUUUGCAAAUAUUUCAAAUGAACAGGAGACUUGAAUAUAAUUUCAAAACAAAAAUGCUCAAAUACAACGAGACAGGGUAAGCUAAUGAGAAGUUGCAUUUAAUUUAAUUUAUUAUUAAGUUUUUUUUUAUAAAUAAAUAAAUAAAUAACUUAUUAUUUUCUACUGUCUUUUAGUUAAAACAUUUUUUUAAAAAAAUGAUGCACCGAUGAUUUCUGCAAAGAUGAGGUGUCUUCGGAAAGAGAAAUCCUUUGAGAUUUCUACGAGCUUUGGUUGGUUUCUAGAUUGGGUCACACGAUCUUUUUAUUUUGCCAUCUGACGAUCAGCACUUUGGGAAAUAUCCUCAAGGGCUUCGGUAGGUGUAAAUUGGACUCCUCUGAGCUACAUAUGUGUAGUACAUCGGUUUUCGCCGGAGGGCUGUAUUAAAUGAAUUAAAUGGAUGGAGUUAGACGUGAAAUGCUGAAGAUUAUAGAAUUAUGAUAUGGAGUAAAAGAAGUUAGUGAGACUGUAAAA